AUGUUUGGAGGCCUAGGGCCUGGAGGGACUCAGGGAAUGGCAGGACCCCUGCGGGGCCGGGUGGAGGAACUGAAGCGGCCCUGGUGGCGGGAGAGCUCACCUCUGGUGCUGCAGCACAGCGAGGCAGCUAGGCUGGCAACCGAUGCCCUCCUGGAAAGGGGCGAGGCUGCCUACCUGCAGGUCAUCUCUGAGGAGCGGGAGCUGCCCUUCCUGAGCGCUCUGGAUGUGGACUACAUGACCAGCCAUGUGCGAGCGGGUCCUGAGCUCAGUGAGCCCCAGGGCCCUGAGGCCUCAGGGCCUGACCGCCUCAGCCUGCUCUCUGAAGUCACCUCAGGCACCUACUUCCCCAUGGCCUCUGAUGUAGACCCUCCAGACCUGGACCUGGGCUGGCCUGAGGUUCCACAGGCCACAGGCUUCAGCCCCACCCAGGCUGUGGUCCACUUCCAGAGGGACAAGGCCAAGAACAUCAAGGACUUGCUGCGUUUCCUCUUCAGCCAGGCCCGCAAGGUGGUGGCUGUGGUGAUGGAUGUAUUCACCGACAUGGAGCUUCUGUGUGACCUCAUGGAGACCUCAAGCAGGCGUGCUGUCCCUGUCUACCUGCUCCUGGCAGAGGAGCACCUGAGGCACUUCCUGGAGAUGUGCUACAAGAUGGACCUCAAUGGGGGUCACCUGCCGAACAUGCGUGUGCGGAGCACAUGUGGGGACACGUACUGCAGCAAGGCAGGUCGCCGCUUCACUGGGCAGGCCCUGGAGAAGUUCAUCAUCAUCGACUGCGAGCAGGUGGUCGCAGGCAGCUACAGCUUCACUUGGCUUUGCAGCCAGGCCCACACCAGCAUGGUGCUGCAGCUGAGGGGCCGCAUUGUGGAAGACUUUGACCGGGAGUUCCGCUGUCUGUAUGCUGAGUCACAGCCUGUGGAAGGCUUUUGUGGCACUGAGGAUUCACUGUCUCCCCGGGUACCUCGUCCUCCCCCGGUGGGCCUGGCCUUUGGGCCUGGCAUCACAAGCCCUGCAUGCUCCUCACCUUCUAGCACCAGUCUCUGUAGCAUCAAGCGCUCACCCCUCAUGGGCCGCUCUUCCUACCUCGCUCUACCAGGAGGUGGUGGCUGUAGUGACACAGCUAUAGGGUCCUCACCCCCAGGCCCUGUCCAUCAUGAAGGUGGUGGCCAGCCUUCCCUGCAUCGACAGCUGUCAGACCCUAACCAUGGCACCCCUCAUGUGCCCUAUAGGGCCAACCUGGGCAAGCUGGGAGCAUUCCCAUGGUCCCAGUCUUCCCCUGCCCUCAACCACAGUAGCCCCAGUCCUGUGACUCAGGCAGUGGGGUCACCUCUGAUCCCCCAGCCCCGCCCUCUCCUCCACUUUCCCCGGGGAUUCCCAGUUCUGUCCCGGCUCCCAGAGAAUGGGCUUCCAGGAAGCCAGGAGCUAAGUCCACCAAGAGGUCGCCAGAUACUUGGCACAGCCUUGGAGAUGACAGAGGAGAAGAAGGCAUCUCUGAGUCAGAGCUAUGGCCAGCUGGACCUUCUAGCCCCAUUCCCUAGAGCCCGAGAGGGUGGUCCUAACCCUGGGGUUGCCCCUAACUCAGGCACCCAUCGGCCAGAUGACCAGGCCCCAGAGGAAAGGAGGCUGUCCCUGAGCCAGAGCUAUAGCCAGCUGGACCUCCUGCCUCAGACCCAGGAUGCUGGGGUUACCCCUGAGUCAGGUGUCCUCAGACAUGGCGAUGUAGGUCCAGAGGACAGGAGGCUGUCCCCAAACCACCGCCAUGCCCAGCUGGACCUCCUGGUACAGGACCCCAAGGCCAAGAGUUCCAGAGUGCCUGCUGAAGCCAACUGCCCAUCUAGGCCUGGUAAGCAGGGUCUAGACGAGCGAAGACAGACAAUAGGCCACAGCCAACUGGACCUCAUUGCCAAGUUUGGCCCAUUCAAGAGUGAGGGGCCUGGGCCCAGUGGUCUCCCAAGACCAAGCACUGCUCGCAUGGCUGGAGUAGGCCCUGGGGAUGAGAAACGGCUGACGCUGGGCCACAGCAAGCUGGACCUCAUCACCAAGUACCAUCAGCUGCAGGGGGCCAGGAAGGAACCCGAGCCUGUCCUCCCUGGAAGCCCCAGUGGUGGCCAUCAUAGUGGUAGCAAAGACCUGUCUGAGAAUGAAAAACGGCUGACUUUGGGGCAUAGCAAACUGGACCUCAUCACUAAGUACAACAAAUCUAAGUUCAAGUUGCUCCGAAGUCGCUUUGAAUCCUAG